GCGGGCCAUGGUAACUAAUUAGCACGAAGAAACAGUGUCGCGAGUAAAUGACCACCGAUACACCGUCAAAAUGGACCGAAUGAAACAGUCAGGAAUGUGUGCAGUUCAUGGAAAAACUUGCUAAUAAGAAGCACAAAAUCUGCGAUCUAUUAGUCAUGAUAAAUAGAGCGGCCCUGCAUACACCACAAUCCGGACGUAACACGCCUAACGAAGGCUUCUUCGACUCCAAACAUUUCGCCGAGCUUGACCACAUCCAGCGUCGAGAGCAGCAGCUGAGCAGAGAAGCUACCGAACGAGAAGAGCAUCUCAAGGCGGAACGCCGGCGCGCUGAGGAGGAGAAACGACGAGCUCAAGACAAGAGCCGAGACGGAGGGUCGGAGGUGAGGACACCGUGUGAGUAUUGUCUCAAAGCGGAAACUCGACCUGCACGAAGAUAUGACGGGUCAGCUUUCAAGGCCCUCCGCCGACCACUGGCUCCCAGAUGCACCUGUAUGGAUCCUACUAACGGUGCACUCCCGGUUCUUCCCAUCGAGUACCCGGUGGAUAUCGACGAUUGGGCUUACAAACCCUUCAGCACCAUCGCCGGCGGGGGCGCCGUAGGCUACCGUGACCUCUUCCCACUGCUGAUGCAGAGAUGUACGGAGGCCGAGGAGAAGGAUAACACGCAGGUGCAGACGGAGACUCGACGACAUUCCAUCGUGACUACCGACUACCUGACCGGUAGGAUCAAGCUGCUAGGUACGGGAGGGGAACACCUGCAUAUGAAGGUCUUCCCUGUUCUCCACGCGGUCGUGAGUAGCGAUGAAGAAGAUGACGAGGAGGAGGAGGCAUCAUCGGGUGAAGAUCAAGAUGAGCAAGCAACCCACGACGAAGCACUGCGGUCACUGAGAACAGAUCAUGCCAUGGCAGUACCGCGAAGGAAGUCUAUUCAAUCCCCUCCAUUCCAGCAGAGAAGACGCUCGUCUCUGAUUCUGGGUGGCUCACCGGUCGGUCGUGGACCACCAGGCGCGGCUGCUAAGGUAAUCCGCCGGCGAUCCAUCGACCAAAGCUCGCUGGCUCUGUCUUUCGCCCGGGCUUUGGAAGCUGCCUCGGACGCCAUGGCACCCAUAUCCGAGGACCAGGAGGCACGGAGUGAGACACUAGACACUGACUUCGAUGUCCAGCACGCAGAGGAGACCAUGAUUCACUUGGCACAGAAUCUACAAACGUUGGAGGAAUUCUUAGAGGGCGCCAGUUCGACCAGUUCUAUCUCUGAUGCCAACAGCGAUGACGAUGUCUUUUAACCUCUCUAUGAUCGUACUGAAUUCCCUGUUAAUAUUCCGGUAACCAGGAGGUCGUGGAUCAGACUCUCACUCGGCCUUGCUUGUGAACUUUUGUAUUCCCCUCCCCCCUGUAUAAAGCUAUCAGCCUAGUGCAGAAACUCUACAUCACACCCGA